AUGCGCCUAACUUGGAAACUUUUCGAUAUAUUUGUAGAUGCCAUGGAGGAGCUUGGUUUGAGUGACAAGUGGAUGAUCUACGCUGGCAGUCUGGUGGGAUCUUUUCGGCAUCACGAUAUCACGCCUUGGGACGAUGAUCUGGAUGUUCUCGUUGAUUUUGCAGUAAGACCGCUAAUGGUGGAGAAGUUGAGAACGCUUGCACCCGAAAUUAUAAUUGGCGAGGCUGGUUUGAGAGACAAGUUAUACACAAAAUAUAUUGAACCGAGCAAUAUCUCGCAGGACGUCGAAGGCAGUCGCAAGCUGAGUUCGUAUGAUUGGGGUUGGCCCUGCGUUGAUAUCCGUUACUUCCUCUCUAAUUCCACUCACUUUCGCAUGUUUAUGCUUCACAAACAGUGA